GAAAAGCGGGAGCAAAAGAAAAAAAAGAAAUCUCUCCCUCGGGGAAUCGAACCCCGGUCUCCCGCGCUUAUCGAUUUUAAUGACAAGCGGAAAUCAUCACCACUAGACCAAGGAAGAAUGCGAUGGCCGAGUUACUGCUCGGCCACUUGGCUGGUUGAUGGAAAUAGUACCCCACCGGGGCAACAUAAGGGAGUUGGGAAUAACCUCAAUACCAGCAUAACCCUAAAACGUACAAUCUUCUACUUGAUAUCACUCUGUUCUCAGUAUACUACUUCCUUCACUUCAUCCUCCAUCUCUAUCUAUUCUUACUUCCUGACCCACUAA